AGUUCAGCUCCCGGGGGAAGCCCCCGCAGUCCGGCGCGGUUGGCUCCGCCUGGGCUGGGCAAGGCCGGGGUUGUCCUGGGCGCUCGUGCCAGCGGCCCCGCUCCCGCGCAGCGCGAAGGCCCGCGGAGGGGCUGGACGGGCCCCCUCGCUCCCCCCGCCCCCGGGGCUGGGGCAGCCCUUUAUUGUGGGCCGCGUCCCUCCUGGCACGCCGGCUGCGCGCGGACACACCUUCCCGCCCCUGCGCCUCCUCAGAGCGGCCCCCGGCCCAGCCUCCUCAGCCCAGGGGCCGGGGCCGCGCGGCGGCCGGAUCGGGCCCCGGGUGCCAGGCCAGGCGCGGCCCCGCGAUGCUGCCCACCGCCCUGGGCUGGGGCGUCGCGGGCUCCUCGGCGCUGCUCGACCUACCGGCGCCGCCUGGCUCCGGCAACCUGGGCAAAAGUUUCCUGAUCGAGAACUUGCUGCGGGCGGCCCCGCCGGGCCCCGCCCAGCCCCUGCCCGGCCCGCUCACGCUGUGCCCGGCGGCGGAACCAGCUCGCCCCGCGGGGGGCCCCGGCCCGGCCCGAUGGGCUUGUCCCCGGCUUCACCCCUCCGCCGCGGCCAGCAGCGGGCCGCCAGCGCGGGCUCCGGACAGAGCCACCGGCAUCUUCCCUCCUGCAGCCACAGUUCUUUCCAAACAUUUUUUUCUCCGAGCCCCACCAUUCUACUCAGCAUGCUGCGGUGGGUCCUGUCAGCACCCUGUAUCCCCCACUGCUUUUCCAAGAGAGGAAAGUGUUCUGCCUCUGUUGACCCAGGACUCCAACUCCAAAGCCCGGAGAGGUAUUUUAAGAAGAGCCGUCUUUUCUGAAGACCAGAGAAGAGCUUUGGAGAAGAUGUUUCAGAAACAGAAGUAUAUCAGCAAAACAGACAGAAAGAAACUUGCCAUUAACUUGGGUCUGAAAGAGUCACAGGUGAAAAUUUGGUUUCAGAACCGAAGGAUGAAAUGGCGAAACUCCAAAGAAAAAGAAGUGCUUUCAAACAGGUGCCUCCAAGAAGAGGGUCUUCAAGAGAACUACUUCUCAAGAUCCACUCUGAAUUUUACUUCCCCAUGCCCAUCUAUAUGGGAAGUGUCUCAACAGCAGGCAAGUCUGAGAUGGAGGGAGAAUUCUGCAGAACCUUCAGAAAGACUGAAUAAUAGAAAUAGCGCACAGCCACUUCAAGAAACAGAUUCAUUUCAGGGCACAUUGUAUUUGUACCCUGAACAAGACACUGGAGACAAGGCAGUUACAUUAUCAGUAUAAAGGAAUGAUGGAGUUCUGAAAAUUGAUCAAAGAACAUAGACUUUAAAUGGGUGUUUUUUUAAAACUAACAAUGUUUGAACGUUGUAAAGGUAACUAGUUUAUACCUCAUCACUUACUAAAAUCUAACACCAUUAAAAUGACAAACAAUUAAUGCUGCAAGAAAUAUUCUUUAAUAUUCAA